UUGGUUCGGUUCAAUACGAAAGAACGUGUGUAAGUUUUCUGACACCACGUACGUCAUCAAACGUCAUUAUCAUAUUCUCAUCCCACCCUAAACGUAACCGCCUGAUUUCCAGAAAACGGGUGCGGAUUUUACAAGUUGUGAAAUUUUAUUACCAAAACUACAAUAAAAGGGUAGCCAGCGCCCAAUUUUAGUUAGUAAAUAAGUAUUUUAUAAUGAGUCAAUUUGCCUCUCCGAUGCCCAGCCGAGAAUUUUUAUGGGAUGUAUUUCAAAGGGUUGAUAGAGACAGAAGUGGAUAUAUAAAUGUAGAUGAACUUGGAGCAGCUUUAUCGAAUGGUACAUGGACUCCUUUCAAUCCAGAGACUGUCAGACUGAUGAUUGGCAUGUUUGAUAGACAAAAUAAGGGCCAAGUUAAUUUUGAGGAUUUCGGGGCACUGUGGAAAUAUGUCACAGAUUGGCAGAAUUGCUUCAGAUCAUUCGACAGAGACAACUCAGGGAAUAUAGACAGAGAAGAACUCAAAACAGCCCUUGUUUCAUUUGGAUACAGACUUUCAGACAGUCUUAUCAACACCCUACUGAGAAAGUUUGAUAGACAUGGAAAGGGUACAAUUUUGUUUGAUGAUUUUAUUCAGUGCUGUAUAGUAUUAUAUACUCUCACUGCUUCAUUCAGGCAAUACGACACGGAUCAAGAUGGUUAUAUCACCAUUCACUACGAACAGUUUUUGAGUAUGGUUUUCAGUUUGAAGGUCUAAUCUCUAAUAAUAAUCGGCAUCUGUAGCUGUGGUUGUAAGAAUGUGCCACCUUUUGUAUGGAUAUGUCUCCUUCAUUUCAUUGUGGAAAAUAUACACUAAGCUUUAAAGUUUAAGGUCUGUAAUAACAGACUAUAAGUAAUAAUAAUUCCAAAAACAUGACCUAUCUGCUGGUGUUAUUUUGCAACUGAUUAUUUGUAGUAUAGUUUUGAUUAAAUUUUUUUUUUCAGAUUAAUUUAAAAAGUUCAAUAAGUGGACGUUUAAUAUUGAAGAUAUAGUGUGGCUAACAUAGAUAUAGAAUUUUUUUAAACAAUUUUAUUUUCAUCUAAUAGAUGUUAAGUAAAAUUGACAAUAAAAGUAAAAGUUAAAUGACCAACCAUUCCAGUAUUCAUAAACACUAAAUAAUAAUCAGUCGCAAAAUACAUGUUUUUUUUUAUAUUAUACUUCGAGCAUUUGCUGAAUUCCACUAAAAUAUGUUUGUACUUUAAAUUUUGGAAAUGUUAAUGUUAUUGGAAAAGUUAAACGGUCAGUGACAAAACUACUAACUCAAAGAUGUUUUGAACAUAAUGUACCAAUUUAUAUUUAUUGAAACAUUAGUUAAAGUAUAAACAAUAAAUUUACGUUCAUUAUGUUAUUGUUCAAAAAGUUCAUGUCUUUUUAUGAAUCUAUUUCUGUAUUUUUGUAUAUCUAAAUAUUGUAAUAAAUGUUAUUUUAAAUUUUAA